AGUUGAGAACUGCUUUGCACUAGUCAGAUGACUAUUUUCUUGUAGAAAGAUAUGUAAAGUCUAUAUAAAGAGAAUAUUGUAGAACAGCACAUCUGUGAAUACAGUCGACCUUGAUUACGUUUUAGAGUUGCCAAUUCCAUUUACCUGUCCGGGCAUCAUGAGAAAACAAAGCUGAAUUUGCUCUGUAGAUGCCUGGCAAAUUGUAUUAGAAGAAAAAUGUUUUGAAAGUAAUAGCCUUGUUUUAAAAUUUCAAUCCAUCAUUCAGCUUCUGAGGGCUUUCCUCUUUUUUUGCUGUCUGUUAUCCUGCGCAACUUAGAAUAUUUCAUUGUACAUAUCAGUUCAUAAAAUAAUUACGUGUCACUGACUGUAAUUUGCUGCUUCUUCCCAAGCAGGGAUCUUAUCUACCAAAGUCAAUAUACUGUAAUAUAUGCAAUAAUUGAAAUGUGUAUUCAUUUUCAUGGUAAGCAAUGCAAUUAUUGAAAGAGUUAAUAUAUAGAAACUGAGUUGGUUGUUUUCCUUCAGAACUUUCAGUUUCAUAAAAAGCCUUUCAUGUUGUUGUUUUGAUUUUCUGUAAGUUUUAUGGAGUAGUUGUAUAGAUAGAAAUGUACAGAAGCACAGCCAGAUUUCAUCAAAGGGAUAAUCAAAGAAUAUAACUGCUGUUGGGCCAGUUCUUGUGAGUGGCAAAAUUUGAGAACAUCAGCAUCCUGUCUGCUACUGGAAUCUGAGAAGGCACUUCAAUAUUCCUAGUAGUAAAUUUUGUGUUGAGAAAAUACUCGUAUUUCUGAUAACAAAAACCACAAAAUUAUUUAAAUUACAUGACCCAAUAAAUAUUGAAAUGUUUGUAAUUUUGGAUAAUAAAAGUGUUCUUGAAUUGUCAGUUAGAAACUGAUUGCACUAGAUAUUGGACACUGGGUGGCACAUCUCAUUCAAGUUAAAAAGUUUUUGUGGAUUAUUAUCCAUUUGCAAAACAAAAUGUUUUUUUUCCUCCUUUUGCUUUACCAGUAUUUAAUCCAAACUUUCACUUCUUGUAUUUGCCAAGGGCCUUCCAUGAUUCUCUGUACAGUAUGAAAGGAGUUUUCCUGACACAAAAGUUAAUAUUUUUAUUUUCACUCACAAAAUAUAAAGUAGGGAAUUUUUAUAGCUAUCAACUUAAUUUUUUUUUGUUGGAAACCAGAACAGAAAUAUAAAAUGUUGCUUUUCCAGUAUUUCAUGACAAAAAGUUGCAACUACAUUAGUAACAAGAAUAUCUGUCUUUGUUAUAUGCACAAUACUGUAGAUAUACAGUAUUUUAAUUAAAACUAUUAAUUGAAGUCUCUGGUUGUGUGUUACAACAUGAUAAACAUACCGUCAGUUGCUGCCCUGCUUAAUUUGCUUCCUUGAGAAAUUGCUCUCACAAACAUAUUUGCUGUGUUGCCGAAUGCAUAUUUUCCAUAGCAGUUGCUUUGAUGGAAUGCAGAGAAUUUUGACUACUGAUAGCUCUACCUCAAAUACUUGUAUCAUCAUCAUCUUAGCCAGUGUCUAUCCACUGCAGGAUGAAGGCCUCUUCUGCAUGUUUCCAACCAAAGUAUAAUAAAUAGAGCACCUGCAGAGGGCAUCUUUCAGGCCACAUAUAAUUGCUUCACUUAUACCCAUUGGAAUAACACAUUAUCAAAGAUAAAUGAUUAUAACAGAUUGUCUGAUUUUUGCACAGUAUUGCUAUUCUGUCCCUUGUCCAUCUUCUUCUCAACUGAACUCCUAGAAGGUUAUAAAUUUCUGUCAGGUGGAUAGAGGAGAGGGAUUGUAACAUUAACUGAUAUUUUUUUUUCUAAUUCACAAUCUAAAUAUAAGGUCCUCAACAAAUCAUCUAGAAACACUCUGCUCUGCCUGAAAAAAAUAUAUUCUUCAACAAUUCUUUUAACAGGUGAAGCUCAUGUGCUGCAAAAUAAAUCCUGGUUUCCAGCAUCCUCUCCUUUUCAAAAUAUGCUCCUGAGCACCACAUGGCUCUUGUAACCUUUUUUAGAGAUAUAUAAGUGCUUUGGUCAGAAAUAUACCCAUUUACUCACAAAAAGAAUAAAGGUAGGCCUCCUAUGAGGGGGAUUCAGGUAGCAGGCAUUUUGUAAAUAGUUAUGUCCCAAUGUCUCAAAGGUACUUUUUUAAAAAAGGCAACAGGACUGUUUUUUGAGGAGGAAGCUGAUGUUUGCUUCUCAUCCAAGAAGCUUCAUCAGUUGGUGGGGGGACUAGAAGGAUAGAUAAACGCAUCAUCCCCAUCAUCCAGUCUCAUCUUCCUUCUCAAAAAACAGUCCAGUUGGCUUUUGGGGAGAGAGAAAGCAUAUUUGAGAUAACUAUGACCUGGAUGACUGUUAAUCUCCAUAGACAUUUACGUCCUGAGAGUUAGCUUCUCCUGAAUGAUAAAUCCUCCCCAGCAGUUUUGUGUGUGUGUGUGUAUGUGUGCAAAGGUUCUUUAAAUUCCAGAUAUGCCCUCAAACCUGUUCUCAAAAUUCCAGAUAUGCCCUUAGCACCAAAAGGUUAUGGAUCCCUGACCUAAAAUAAUCACCUGGUCUGUUUGGGAGGUCUUAUAGUCAACUACCAGAAUUUCCAGUUAAAGGGGUUAAUAUUUCUAUAGAUCAGGGGUCUCCAAUCUUGGCAACUUUAAGCAAAGCUGGCUGAGGAAUUCUGGGAGUUGAAGUCCACAAGUCUUAAAGUUGUCAAGGUUGGAGACCCCUGCUAUAGAUCACAGUCUGGAGAAAGGCACUACAAACAGCUCUUUCUCAAAGAAAAAAUAAAACACACAGAGAGAAGUGUUAGUCUGUACUCUGUAGCUUUUUGGAUUGCUUAAGAGAAGUAUGGGCAAUCAAGCAUUUCCUUAUCUCGGAAAGGAAGGCAAAGGUUUCUAGAAAGUCUUUCCUUUCCUCUACCGUAUUGUUUUAUUGGCUUAAAAGCCCUUUCACCUAUGUUCCAGGAAAGUAGAGAUUUCAGCUGGGUAUGAGAGUAGAAUGUAUAUUCUUGGGCCCUCAGUAUGGUCUCCUGGUGACCAUUGUCUCAUCAUAAGCUUUGGAAUCUGACUUUCUCUUCUGUUCCUUUCCAUUAGAAUUAAUUUCAACAACUCAUUUGGUUUUCUCCUCCUGAAAAGAUAGCAGCUUCAUCUUCUUCGCAUAAUGCCAUGAUAAAAUCCAAACUUACAGUAAAUGAUGAUUAUCCCUAGUGGUUUGCUUCCCGUGUAUUUUGGAAGUCUAGCUUUUUGCUACAUCUUGGUGUUCACGUGUAUGCUGCUCCUUCAAUGGCGAAAACAAAUCCUUCAGAAGCGCCGUGCAAAAGUCUGGGUGAAACAGUUGAAAGCAGAGUCUUAUUUUCAACAUGCAUUGGCUCACAGAGCUGAUGAGGAAGCCCAGCCUAGAACAAAUGGAGCCAUCUGCAAUCCCGAUAACAUUCCAGAGCAACAAAGCAUGCACUUGCCCAGUGAGAAUAUUGUGGAGAGCAAUGACACUUCUACCCCUCCACUUCCAGAUUCAGCUCCAUACAAACCAAUAUUUCAAGAAGUUGCGUGUGCUUGUGCGCUCUCUCACUUGCCACCGCUGCUUGCACAUUCAGCUUCUUAUCCUUGCUCUGCCAUUCCAACAGAAAGUUCACCAUUCAGCUCACCUCUAAAGCCAACCAUCUUGAAAAAUGAUUCAUACAGUAUGGGUAGCAGGAUUUCUGCUUAGCAGUCAAUUCACGGAUGGGAAUAUUCUUAAGUGGUCUCAGUUAGAACUCAAUUAAAGAUCAAUUUCAAACUAUUUCCAUUUUCCUUCAAGCAUUGUUUUAGUACUGGGGAGACAAUCUGCCUUCAACAGCUAGUGUAGAAAGAAAUUAAUUUCUUUAAAAAUUAAAUUGUGUUCAGAAUCCUUUCAUAUUAUGGAACUGAAGUAUAUGUUUCUUCCAAGAUUUCUAAAUCUGCAUUUCAUCCCA